AUGGAAAGUGAUAAGUCUGGUUUGAUUAAAUCUCCUCAUUUUGUGCUAAAGAAGCAUGGUCAAACAAAUAGUACACGUGGUCAGAUCCGCAAUUUGACAAACAAAACGAUUCCUCAACUUGUUAACAGAACAGAUGAUGUAAAACAUGAACAGAAGUCAUUAAUCACUGAAGAAAUACCAACUGCUCGUAUAAAUACACGGCUAUUUAAUGCACGUAAACAAUUCUCCAAACCAUCUGUUCCAAUAAUUUCAUUCGAUGAUCAAAACUCAUUAACCACUAGUCCUCAGUCGUCAAGAUCUACAUUCAGUCGUAAUAAAAUGCACAAGACCGACUCAAUAGAAUCUAGAACAUCAGUGUCUGUGUCACCAACCGAACCACAUUAUUCACCCCAUUUUGAAAAAAAUUUAACACAAGUCACUACAACUAUGCGUGCCCUGUCAACGUCUCCACGUGUAGGUUCACCGAAUGCUUUAAUCCCUCCCUAUGGUAAAUCUUUACAGCCUUUGGCUUUUUCAUAUGAUUCCAUAAAUCCCGAUUAUUAUGCAAAUAAAGAUACAAAUGACAAAAAUUCACUUGAAGUUUACAACACUAAUAAUAGAAAUAAACCAAAAGGUCUACUGAACGCUAAGUCCGAUCUCAUCAAAAGUUCUCAUAUAACAGGGAAAAGUUUUAUUCCAAUCACAUCGUCUGUAGUGACAUCGGCAUCAGCAAUAGCAUCAAGUACAGGGGAUGAUAUUUUAUUAGGAUUAGUGCACCAAAGAUCAACAGAGUCACAUGAUUCCUCGAUAAGUAUGCCCAGUGUAACUAGUUCUGGUGGUAGUCCAUACACAUCAGGUGGUUCACAACUACUUAGACAAAAUAAAAAAGAAGAUAAGUUAUACAGAAGUACUGAAGUUAAUUUUUCCACAGAUGACCAAGGAAUAAAGCAUGGUGAACCACAUAUUGUAAGGCGUUCAAGUUAUGAAGUAAGUUAUUUUGUUAGUUGUAAUAUUUUCCUAUUUAUGCAUGUAUCCAUUGAGAGCUUCUUAGGUAGUUAA